AUGGACGAAGACGACUUUUUCGGCGGACCAACGCAGGGUGGUGCCCAGGACCCUCUCGCCGAUGCCGAAUACGCCCGCAUCGAGCAGAAGUACUCUGACGGCAUUACGGAUGGCAAGAUGUCGACGCUGCAGGCGGGAUUUGACCAAAGUUUUGCGACAUGUGUCCCCCUCUCCCGGAGGAUGGGGCAGAUGCGAGGUGCCGCGAAUGCUCUCCUCUCCCUUGCAACGCAGGCCAAGGCCGAUGAGCAGCUCAUCGCCGAACUCCGUGCAGUCAUCAGCAAGCUCUCGACCGUCAAGCGGGACGAUGUUCUCCCGAUUGACCACGAGCGGAUAGAGCAUGAGAAGGAGCAUCAGCAGGAUGACAACGGGUUUGAGUUCGCGCAGACCGAGCAGCGUGAGCUCGAGAGCCUCGAGGACAUGAUGGGCAACAUGGGACAGAAGAGGGCGGAGCCUGCUGUCCGCGGAGAAGAGCUCCUGGACGCGCUCGAGAAGGAGUUGACAGAGGUGCAGGCGAAACUCGGUUUCUAA